CUCUUCUCAAUUACGGAGACUUUGUCUUGAUUGCGCCCCUGGUAUGGUAGAUACAUGAGACCCUCCAUGGCGCUGCCGUUCCUCGCAUGCAUUCUCGUCGUGGCAUCGUCCUGUUGCUCCAACUCUGCGCUGGACUCGGCUGGAACUCUGGUGCUGCCCUUCUGGACGUUGCAGCCCCUGUGGUUAGGAAUGGGGUCGAGAGCGUGUGCGCCAGCCGAAUGGCGAAUGUAGUGGGCGAUUGCUCCCGGUGAUGCCGUCAAGCUGGGCCAGCCAGCUGCGUCGAAUUGGUUCAAAUGGUUGAUUUAAUACCACACGUGUAGAGAGUCC